AUGGCCCAGCGAAGCCCAAUCUUCCCAACUCUUGCCCAUUCUGAAAGACGGGUUCGAAACCUACCGCUGCACAGCCAGGCGUUGACAGCGGUCCCACUGGCAUCUGCAAGCCUGGUGGAUCAGCUGGAAGACAGAAUCCUAAGCCAUGAGAAAACAACGGCGGCUCUUGUGGAACACGCUUUUCGCAUUAAGGAGGACAUUGUUUCCACCCUGCACAGAAUGCAGAACAAAGGGGGGGGCGACCGGUUGGCUAGGCAACUCUUGGAAGAACAUAUCCGAAACAUAACGGCAAUAGUGAGGCAGCUUAAUCGGGACAUUGAGAUGCUGCAGGAACAGAUACGUGUCAGAGACAAUCUCAGCUAUGGAACAAACUCUACCCUCAAGAGUCUGGAAAUGCGGCAGCUUUCUGGAUUAGGAGAUCUUCGGGGAAGAGUUGCAAGGUGUGAUGCUGGGUUAGCCAGACUGUCUGCAGAGCAUAAAAUUACAUAUGAAAGACUUCAGAGCCUAAGUAAAGACCAACACACCUCCAAGCUGAUCCUAGAAUCUAAAAUCAAAGAGGCAGAAAUACAGAUUUCUCAUCUCCUGAGCAGAGUAGAGCAAUCAAUAAUGCAACAGGAGGCGAAGCUGAAGAUGGCCUACAAGGAGAGCAACCAGCAGCUCCACCUCCUGGACAUGAAAUUAAAAAAUGCUAUCGAGGAACUCAGCAGCCAGAUUUUGUCUGCACGUAGCUGGUUGGAACAGGAACAUGAAAGGAUUGAAAAAGAGCUUGCGCAAAAAAUUGACCAACUCUCAUUGACUUUUAAGGAAAACACUGAAACGAGUGAAAGAGCUAUAGAGAUGAAAUUCAACCAAAUGGCAGAGAAAAUUGACAAAAUAGAAGAAAUACAGAAGAUAAGCAUUGAAGCACAGGAAGCAAAACAGACUGAAGAAAAGAUAAAUAUUCGCAUUGGCAAACUUCAAAAUGAGAUAAAUGAAGAUAUAAAAGAAAUGAAAGCUGAAGUUAAUGCCGGAUUUGCAGCUAUCUAUGAAAGCAUUGGGUCUCUACGGCAAGUUCUAGAAGCAAAAAUGAAGCUGGACAGAGAUGAACUACAGAAGCAGAUCCACCAAAUGAAGCAGGAGGUUCCAGCGUGGGGAGAGGCUGGACCAUGACUGCAAGAUUUUGUCCAAGAGAUGACAGUUUACCUGGCUAAAUAGGCAGACGAUAAUCUUGUUCCAGCCUGUAAUCCAAAUUAAAUGCAUGUACCAAACGACAUGCUGCUGUUGCACAGGUCCGUAUGUUCACGCAAAGCAGCAAAUGCAAGCUCUUCACAGAUAACUGACGACAAGCUGUCACAGGCUGAGGUGCUGACUGGCCACUGCACUACUCUAGUUGCUCUCAGGAGAUUAAGCACCGUGUAAAACUGGAGUAAUAUAUUG